UUUUGAUUCUGCUUUUAUAGCCUGUAACUCUUCCAAUUUUUUUUUACAAUUUUUGCUCAUUGUUUUUUCGCACACUCCAUCAAGCACAACAAAACAAGUGUUCAUUCAGUUUUUUUCGUACACCUUUAGAUAGCCCACCACUUUUAUUUCACCAUGUCGUCUGGAUUUAGAGAAUACCUCGAUGCGAUUUCGGGAAGUGGAAUGCUCAGAGUGAUCCAUAUGGUGCUGAACGGCGCUGCUGCUGCCGCCGGCAUAUUCCUGAUGGUCACUGGGGUCGCCGGGCUGACCGACAUGUACAAGACAUUUGGCGGCAUCGCGAUGCCGCUGACAUGCGCCAUUCUGGGCGGCCUUGUCACAUUCGUCGCGUUCCUCGGCGUCAUCGGCGCUAUUAAGCGCAGCGAGUACAUGUUUGGCACAUACUCCGCGCUGCUGACUAUUCUGGUUGCUGUCCAAGUGAUUGCGCUGAUGAUCGUAUGGCUGCGCCCUGGGCACAUCGAGGACCGCUUUUCCAGCGUCUGGGAGGGCCUGUAUGACAACGACCAGGACACCAUUCGCUCGAUCGAAAAGGACCUUAGGUGCUGCGGAUUCAAGAGCCCCGUCGACAUGGCGGUGCCCGCAAACUGCUCGGUCAAGAAGCACUAUGGCUUUGCUGUCGGGUGCCUCGAGCCCCUACAGCACCAGUGGCACGCGAGGCGCAAGUCGAUGCUGUGGGCUGGCGCGGCCAUUGUCAGCGCACAGGUUUUGUCGCUUGUGAUGGGUGCCGAGCUCGCCCGCCGUUACAAGCGCGCCCGCGAGGGCGGCUACCAGCGCGUCCCCGCGCGCAACGAGGGCUCGCCUUUACUGCGCGCCUGAGCCAAAAUAAAGCCAAGCUAGGCCCAACCUUUUUCUUUGUAAUUCUCAAGUGUCUAAAAUAAAAAUACAAAUCAUCA